GGUAUAAAAAUAUAAUCAAAUGCCCAUAUUUUGUUCAAAAAUUUUAUGCCAUUUAGUGGUAGAAUAUAUUUUCGGGUAUACAAAGUUGUCCUAUUGAUUUGUUCUGAAGAAAGUCAGGUAUGCUUAACCACAACAAAAAAGCUACCACCAUGAGAAUACACAACUCAGAUCAUCAAAAAAUAACUAGUUUGCCCGAGAAAUUCAAGAUCUUCCAUGAGCAUGUCCAGUCAAUCUGGUAUCUCUCGUAAAUAAGAAAUAAACCAAGCUUUCUUCAAAAACGAAAAAAAUUUCACCAACACUAUAAUUUUGCACGCAACUGUAUGCAAUUUAAUACGAAACAGAGAGACCAUGAGUGCGCGUACACAAAAAUAAACAUGACUAUUUUUCAACAAUUCUGUUUUUAAUCUUUUUAAUUAACGCCUGCAUGCCACAAAUGUCAUGAUGCUAAUCUCAACAGCUCAAUGGCUGAGCGACUAAACGAUUUCCAUGAAACGCUAAGCUCAUUUCAAUAUUGACACUACAACAGAAUGGCUCUACAUUUUCAGCGGUGUUUACGUGUACUGCUGCUGCUUAUCGCGGUGAUUAGCGCCGUGUCAAGCGCUCCGCAACAAAAACAAACGGCACAAAAGCAGGCAGUGGUCAGUGGACCAGCAGGUGGUGGGCAAGCGCGUGUGCAAGAUCCGAAAUGUCAGCAGCCGAAGGAGCCCGGUCCGUGUCGCAUGAAUCUCGAUCGUUACUACUACAAUUCGCAAACGCAUGCCUGUGAACUCUUCAAGUUCGGUGGCUGUCGUGGCAAUGAUAACAAAUUUGGAUUUUUGAAGACUUGCGAAGAUGCUUGUGUGAUAGCGAAAACAACAACGAACAGUGCAGCACCUGGCAACGCUAAAGCGCCAGCACCAGCACCAGCAGCUGUACCAGCCGUAGCACCAGACGCAGUGCCCAAGAACCCCAAACCAGUUGCGAUUCCAACAAAUACAAACGCAAAGAAAACACCCAUCGCAGCACAGGCAAAGUAGAUUUGAAUAUGGAGUUGGAGAAUGUUCUCAUGUGGGUGCCUACGCUAUUAAAUUAUGAAGUGGUCGAUAUUGUACAGUGUUGAAUACUAUUUUGAGAUUUUUUUGUACCAAGCAUUAGCUGAGAAGUUUUGAAAUAUUCUAUGUUCUAAUACGAAUAAAUUGAAGAAAUGAUAGAUGAAA